GUUGUUAAAAUUACAAGAGGAUAAGAAAGUAGUGAUGGAGCCAUUGGAUACGGGGGCUAAAGCAAAGAAAACUCUAGGAAAUGUUGACUAUAUAGAGUCAUCAGAAUUUUCUCAAGGAAUGCUGCCUACAAAUAAGGAUGUUAUUCAAAACAUGUUGUAUCUGUUGCAGCCCAAAAGAGCUGGGCAAGCACAAAGGUCAAAAGAAGAUGCAGCCCAAUUACUUGCUGAACUUCUGCAGAAACACUGGUUGUUUUGCAACUUACAUACCAUAGCAACAAAACAUAUAAAGAAGAAUAUUCUCAAAAUAUAUGAGGAAUUCACAAAACUCCAUCAAACCAGGAAGCAAAGACAAAAUCAGUCAUUUACAGAGAAAGCAGACAUAUUCAACAGGCGGACAGAACAGCUCUUUGACAUAUUUUGUACAGACACAGUGAUAAGAAAUGAGCUGGAACAAUAUAGUGGUAUAAAAAUGACAGAGACUGAGUGGAAAUUUCUUGAAGACCAAAGAAGCGAAAGAAAAAUGUACCAUAAAGAUUUCAUAGACAAAAAAGAAAUUAAGAUGAUGGAAAAUAGAAAAGUACGGUGCCUGGAACAUGUGAAAAAAAAUGAAGAAAAAGCAGCAAGAGGAGUCAAAGAAGAGACUUACAAAACUAGUAAGUCAGAUGAAGGUCUGAGUGUAAAUGAAUCCUAUGUUGUAGAAGAGGAGGAUGAGGAAGGUGUUAAAGAUUUUUCAUUUAAGGGGAAAAGAAAGCGUCAGUGUUCUGCAUGGACUGCUAGCUCACCAUCAUCAGCUGGUCAUACUGUGCCUGUUGAAUGUCAACAUAUAUGCAUGAGCAUCAGGAAAGUUAGGCCUGGGUUUUAUGAGACUGUUGACAAGUUUGAAAACUGCUAGUGCACAUCAGCCUCCGCUAAUAAAAGUUAGCAACAACAUGUUUUAAAAGAUCUUGAAAUACUAUGAUCAUUUGGAAGUCACUGAUGUAGAUAUUCUAACAGCAUUCAGAAACAUUGGAGGCAACAGCACUGAAGUAAUGAGAUUGGCAGAAGCUGUAAAAGAUUUAAAUCCAAAGGAAAAAAGUUAUUAUAUGAUCAAGGUUAUGGAGCAGUACAAGUGUCUAAAUCAAAGGCUCUAAAACCUAGACUUUUUUAGGAAAUCUCCCACUAUUGUAGCUCCACCAGUAGUAGGUUAAUAGUGUUGAAGAGCUGUUUUAAAGUGCAGAUGCUCAGCAGUUACAACUCCCAUUAAAUUCACUGGGACUUGGGGAUGUUGAGCACCUCUUAGAACCAGUCACUUUGGGGAGCUUACUGUUUAAGUUUGCAGCACCUGCUCCCUGAGAAGGACUCUACAGUUUUGGAGACUAAUUUUACUAAAAAAGUGCUGCCUUGUUUGAAAAGACAGACAUUAUGGACUUCCAUGGUUUUUACAGUGUAAAAAUUGUGAUGAAUUUAUGAUUCUACAUACUGUAGUAACAAAACAUUGAUUUAAAAUAUUCUUGUAGUUCCCUGAUUCAGAGUUAAAUUUGUACUCUGGAAUGUAUGAAGCUUAAACAAGACCCUAUAAAGCACUAAUAUUUUAUCUACAUUGAAGAUUAAAGAGAGAAAUGGUGGGGGUUACAUAUUGCAUUAGCACUGUCAGAGGAAGGGUUUGAUAAUCAGUUGCUCUAUCCUCUUAGGAUGUAAAGGAGGAAAAUAGCCCUCCAAAUGUAUGGGUCUCAAAUGUUAUAUAGAAGCAGGGGCAUUAAACUCCAGAAGGGUGUGGGAUGAGUUGCCACCUGCUAUACCUAGUGCACCUGUACUUCCAGCUGGACCUGCUGAGCAAGACCCUCUGCCAGUGCACACACACAGAUAGGGACACAUGCAGCUGCAGAAAGAUAGAUGCUGAAAUCAGUACUGGUUGAACCUCUCUAGUCCGGCAACAUCGGCGGUGUGGCACAUAGAUGCUGACUUGAUGGGUGCUUCAAAGCUGGAGCACACACAGGAAAAAAUGGUGCAGACUGGAGCACCCACUGGCACAAGCUCUUCGCCUGCUCGUCCUGUCCUACAUCUCUUGCAUGCUGGCAGCUCCCUGCUCACCUAUUCUUCCCAAGUGCCAUGAAUCAGCUCCAGGAAUUCAAGCUCCAGGAGGGGAGCAGGGAUAGGGCACAGCUGGGGGAGAAGGCAAAGAAGAAGUGUAAGGGGAGGGAUUUUGUCUAUUCUCACUUUCCCAGGCUGAAACGCUGAGUGGCAACAGGGGCUGGGAGCUGGGAUAUAGGCUGCCAUCAGAGCCCCUGGUAAAGGGCCGACAGCCACGACCCUGGGUGGCAGCAGAGGAACUGGCAUCCAGAACCCUGGGGCCAGCAGCUGGGACACUCGUGCUGACAUAGUUAGUUCCUGUUAGUUCUGUGAGUCCAGCAUCUGUUAAUGGGGACUAAUAGUAAAAUUGCUAAUUAUCUUUGUUCAGGAACUGCUUUGAAAUCCCACUCCUAUCGGGUACCUACUUAAAUUAGUAUUAAUGUUACAUUUCAAAUUUACAUGGAAUAAUGAAAAGUUGCUGGUACUGUGUAGGAGGCAAUGGCCUUGUGUCUCAAGCUCAAGUAUAUGUAUCUACAUUAUGUCUCUCAAAGGAUGCAGCUGUCUGCCUUUCUUAAUAAACUACUUAAUCUCUA